GCGACCUCUCCUCGCUAACCCCAGCCAGCCACGAGCUCCCUCUUCCUCCAGCCCUCUCUUUCUCUCCCUGCCAAAUCCCCAAUCCGAUUGCGAUUUCGCCGCCGCCGCCGCCGAGGCUUCCCUUCCCCAACGCGCCGUAUCUUCGCUUCGGAACCCAAAGAGAGGUUGCCGAAAUGGAGAUACAGUCGUCCGGGAGGCCCAUCGAGGUGCUCAUGGAGAAGGUGCUGUCCAUGAACAUCGUCUCCUCGGACUACUUCAAGGAGCUCUACAAGAUCAAGACGUACCACGAGGUCAUCGACGAGAUCUACAACCAGGUCGACCACGUCGAGCCGUGGAUGACCGGCAACUGCCGCGGCCCAUCCACCGCCUUCUGCCUCCUCUACAAGCUCUUCACCAUGAAGCUCACCAUGAACCAGAUGCACGGCCUGCUCAAGCACCCUGAUUCCCCCUACAUCAGAGCUAUUGGAUUUCUCUACCUGCGAUACGUUGCGGAACCAAAGACGCUAUGGACUUGGUAUGAGCCCUACAUUCAAGAUGAUGAGGAGUUUUCCCCUGGGUCCAAUGGUAAAAUGACAACUAUGGGCGUUUAUGUGCGUGAUGUCCUCCUUGGUCAGUACUACUUCGACAGUCUUCUUCCACGAGUGCCUCUCCUAAUUUUGCGUCAGGUCACUGCCCAUCUUGAGAAGAUGAAGCUCCCAACAAAGCAGUCAGGGAUGACUGGGGAUUCUAGUCGCCUUGGUUCAGAUGAUACUGCCCGGCGGCCUCCUUCGGUGAAGGCCUCUUUGUCUGUCUCUUUUGGUCAGCGUGCGCCACACCGUGCAUCCACAAGGGAUUCGUCCCCAGUUCGAAAGACAUUGCCUUCUAUACGGGAAAGGGAAAGGAGUCAUGACGGUGAUCGUGCAAAAUCUCCACCCAGGAAGCGCCGAAGUGAAAGUCGGGAGCGUAAUCGUGGUGAAACUGAGAGGGACCGUUCGGAUCGUGAUCGUGGUAGAUAUAACGAUAGAGAACAAGGUCGGCAAAGCCGUGAUAGCAGAGAUCGUGACUACCAUCGUUCGAGCUAUGCAGAAAGAGAUGUUGAAAGACGAGGCCAUGAAAGGCGGGACAGGAACUCUGAUCGAAAUGGACGUUCAAGCGCCCACAGAAGCAGGAGUAGGAGCAGGAGUCCAAGCCGUGGCAGAACCAACGGCGACCACCGUCGUGCUAGCCCAUUUGGUAAAGCACCCGAGUCAUCCAAUUUGGCUAAGUUGAAGGAUCUUUAUGGCGAUGCGUCGAAUGCAAAGGACGAUGCAGGCGAUGGCAGAGCUCGCAGGGAUUCUGGAGCUGAAGAGGUAAUCAGAUUGGGAGGUGCCAGGUGGAGGUGAUUGUCAAAACCAGAAACCGCGAGAUUUAAUUCUUGUUGUACUAACACUGUUACAUGCUGUCAGAGAUAAGGCAACGUAUGAUGGGAUUCAUACCCCCUGAGCUGCUAUUCUGUCUGGCCAUUGCGUGUACUGGAUGGAACACAAUCUGUUAGCUGGCUAGGCAAUUUGGUAGCACUGCAAGAAAAUGAUCAAUUUGGAUAGCCAAAGUUCUGUAUUUUGUAUGCUGUUGUGAGUUCAUCCUUUUUUUUUAA